CAUUUUCUUCUCAUCCCUUCCCCUCACUCUCUCCCACGUCCCUCUCUUGCUCUCUUUCUUCCACCUGCUUUCACCAGCCCCAAAACCACCAUCCCCUUUUCAGAAACAAGUGGUAGAUAGAUAGAAAGAAAAGGAUAUCAAGGAAAGAAAGAAGAAGGAAACAAGGGGUGCUGCCAAUUUUCGUCCAGCAGCAGGACAGCUUGUGGGAAGGACGAUUCUGGACACUUGAGCCGUUGGAUCGUUCUGAUAUUUAGAGGUUUUCUUCCACAUGUCCUUGUCUACAAUUGGACCGUACGGAUCAUUGUUAUGAUCUCUAGUUCAUCGAGGAAUGUCGCUGGACAGAAGGGGUGCGACAUUGCUUUCCUGUAGCAGGACAGCAGAUUAGAGGUAAGAUCUUGUGAGAAGUAGCCGUUGGAUCUUUCUAGAAAUUUAGUAUAAUGUUAAUUAUAUAAGUUUCUUUGAGUUGACCGUUCGGAACUUAGGUUUGAUUUUGGAGUGGUCAGGAACAAUUGUUAGAAGUAGGGGAGUUGGAUUGAAGUGAGAAGAAAGUAGCUGACAGUUUCGAAACGUCAAUUUAAAAUGAUUUCUAGGCAAAAAAUGCUGAUCCAAAUGGUCUGAAAUUUGGAUAUGUUGUAGUCCUAUGAAUCUAGUUUUAGUAGCAACAAGAAUCAACUGAUUUGGUAAAGUAUCAAGGGAGAAAUGACCGAAAUGAUGAAGCAGGGUAAAGAGUGCGGUCGUAUGACUUCCCUAGUGGCCUUAUCAACAUGCAUGAACACAACCAUGAUUUUGAUGACUGUAUACGUAUCUUGGUGCUUGAAUAACUUGGAAAUAUUGUAUAUAAAGGUAAGGAGCAAGCCGGGGGCUCAUCCAAAGGCAAGGGUAUAGCCGAGUGAAGAUAAAACUGUGAGUAGAUUCUAAUCUUAGAUCUACUUCAACAUAAUCACAGUAUUCGUGUCAUGAAGCGGCCCGAAUACAUAUCGGGGUCAUGAAGCGGCUCCGGUAUAAUAUGUGAAUUCAUGGGAAAUGAUAUGGCUAGGUGAUAUGGCUUAUUGGUGUUUAUUCCUUAUUUGCAUUUGGUAUGAAGUUGGAAAUGCAUGAAUUGUGGAAGGGAUAUGGAAGGACAUUUUGUUGAUUUAUUGUGUGGGUUAUGAGUAAGUAGUCGAGCUUGCGAACUCGUCCUGUCUACUUAGAUUUGGAGUAAGCCAUUAGGCUUACUAAUCCUGUUUUGCUUGAAUAACUCGGAGUAAGCUCCUUAGUGUACAUUUCAUUCUGCUAUGACCGAGGGUGCAAAAGCACUAUGAAUGCUUCUAAGCAUAUAGUGUAUAAGUGAGCCUACGGGUUAAUGAUUAUUGACAGGUGUCUAAGUGAACUAUUAAUGAAAAGAGGUGAAUACAUAAGAAUAAGUAAAAAGGCUUUAUGAUACCUCGGUGCAGUAGUGUGUCCUUUUUGUAUCGAUGUGGGUAAACCCCACGAUACUCCUGUUUGAGAGCUCGUGCUCCGCACCGUGCCGAUUGGGUGACGACCCACGGUACUCCUGUUCUGUUCAGUUAGCCGGGCUAGGGUAAUCCCGUGGCGACUCCUGUUUUUUGUAUCGGUCCGGGUUGUGUCCCGCGAUACUCAUGUUGGUGCGAGCACUCCUGUUUCGUGCCUUGUGCACUCCUGUUUGUACCGGAUGGGGUUUUGUCCCGCGGUACUCCAGUUAUCUGAUGGCUGUACAUGGUUAUCCUGCAGCCUUCCACUACUGUACUACCCGAGGAGUAUAUCAUUUAGCAAUUUUGAAAGUGAAAUUGUAUAAACAAAAUGCCUCUAUCUGUCAUCUGUUUGAUGUAUUUUGACUGUGGAAUGUGAGCAUGUGAACUGGAUUGAUUCAGUAAAAUGAAAAGUGUGAUAAAACAAUUUAAGUCACGUUAUGUGCUAGGGUGUUUCUGCCCAAUACUGCUUUUGUAUUGAUGUCGAUCCGAGGUUAGAAUUUAUUCAAUGAGCGACGACUCAUCAUUCGUCACCAUUUUUCCUCAGAUCAAGAGUAGAAGUAAGGUGUGUACUGUAGAUAUCGGGACUCAAGCUUGAAGGGAAGCCUUGAGGUGGGCGGAGGACUCCGAACUCCUUGAAUGUUUUAUGUUGUGUGGAUUUUGUAAUAAAGCAGACUUCCCCGAUUUUCUGUUUCGACUCUAUUGAAAAUGUAAAUUAUAGUUUGAAGUUUGAAAAAAAAAAUACAUAUAUAAAGCUCAGGCUCGAGAAUGUUUAAACUCGAUGUAUUUUACUGUUUCGUUUUGUAAUAUAAAGUAAGGGUAUUAGAUUUUUGGUAUCAGAGCUGGGAUAUGAUCCCGUGGAUACCAAACGUUUUAAACGAGAUUUUACUGGGAAAACUUAAAUGAUUUCACGGGGAAGUGACUAAUUAUUGAUUUUGACUUUGUAUUUUGUUUUUGUGGAGUUCAGUCAAGGAGCAGAUCCGCAACCUCAUGGAAAUCCUAAUGAUGGAGGUUCUAAUUUUAAUGGGAAUAAUGCUGAGUCCCGCAAUAGAGCCAAUCCUUAUGUCAAGGAUUUUGAAAAACUGAGGAAUAUGGGGGCUGAGUUCUUUAAAGGGGCUAUUGACCCUAAAGAUGCUCUGGACUGGAUCAAGGAGAUGGAACGAAUCUUUAACCUCCUUGAGUGUCCUGAUGAAGCAAGAGUGGAGUAUAUGUACUACCUGCUCAGGUCUGAUGCUUAUGACUGGUGGUUGACCGUACCCGGAGCUCAGGAUCGUACAAUUCAGUAUACCUGUGCGGAAUUUCUUGAGAAAUUCCGUAAGCAAUAUGUGCCUGAUCUGUAUGUGGAUAGGAAGAAGAAAGAGUUUCUGAACCUGAAACAACAAAGGGGGCAGACUGUUAAAGAGUAUGAUGUCAUUUUCCAUCGUUUGAUGACCUUCGCGAUGGAGUUGGUACCUACUGAACGAGCUAGAUGCAACCGCUAUGAGCAAGGCCUGAAUCCCCAGAUCAAGAUGAUAGUAGCAAAAUCAGAGACGAAUGAUCUUGCCACCUUGAGAGAGGCUUCCAUGAGAGCAGAGGAUUUGGUGAAUGAAUUGGGAGCACAGAUGGCUGAAGGAGGGAAGAGAAAGUGGAAGAACGUGGGUUCCUCGAGUGCUGGAAACUCAUUCGGGGGUAGACCUAAUCAGAGUCAGAAGGUUUCACGUCCAAUCGCCAGUUACCCCGGACAAGAGCGGAGAAGUGCAGGCCCAGCUCCUAUUUGCCCACAUUGUGGGAAUCAACAUAUGGGUGUUUGUAGGAGGGUGACUGGUGGGUGUUUCCGAUGUGGAGACACUAGCCACUUUCUCCGCGAUUGUCCCCUCAUGUCAGAGUCCAGGCCUGCUGGAUCCCAGACUACAAUUCAAGGGUCCAGAAGGAGUGGAGGUCCAAUGAGAGGAUCAGGAAGAGGUGGUAAUAAUCGUGGCAAAAGUCAGGGUGGACAGAGCAGUCGGGGUGAAGUGCAGCCACGAGCCUUUGCUAUGACUAGGAGGGAGGCUGACAUCUCCCCAGAGGUCGUUACUGGUACGGUUCUUAUCUAUGAUCUUACCGCUUAUGCAUUGAUUGAUCCUGGUGCUACUCAUUCAUUCAUAUCUUCUCCAUUCUCACGUGGGUUGCCUGUGCACUCUGAAAUGUUGAACAAGAAUGUAAUAGUUCAAACCCCAGUAGGAGAUACCGUAGUGAUUGAAUAUGCCUAUCCUGAUGCCCCAAUAAGUAUAGCUGGAACUAUUCUACCAGCUAACUUAUUGAGGUUAAUGCUGACUGAAUUUGAUAUAAUUCUAGGAAUGGAUUGGUUAAGCCAACAUAAAGCCAUAAUGAACUGUUAUACCAAGGAAGUAAUUUUCGAAAGACUAGAUGGUCAGAAUGUGAUUUUUCGAGGGACUAGACAGGUGGUACCUACUUGCCUAGUCUCGGCCACCAAGGUGGUGAGUUUGAUGAAGGAAGGCUGUGAAGUGUAUCUGGCUUAUGUGACUGAGGGCAAACCGGAAUUGAAACCUGAAAAUGUUCCGGUUGUGAAGGAGUUCCUGGAUGUGUUCCCUUCGGAACUGCCAGGAUUACCUCCGGAAAGGGAAAUAGAUUUCACUAUUGAACUGAUACCGGGCAGUGCUCCGAUCUCCGUACCGGAUGUCUCCGUUAGAACUGAAAGAACUGAAGGAGCAACUUCAAGAGUUGCUAGAUAAGGGGUUUAUUAGACCUAGUGUCUCCCCUUGGGGCGCUCCGGUAUUAUUCGUGAAGAAGAAGGAUGGAACUUUUCGUAUGUGUAUUGACUAUCGGAAGCUCAACAAGUUAACGGUUAAGAAUAAAUAUCUGUUACCUCGGAUUGAUGAUUUUUUUGACCAACUAUAAGGAUCGAGGGUCUUUUCCAAGAUUGAUCUAAGAUCAGGUUAUUAUCAAUUAAGGGUAGCAGAUGAGUCCAUACCGAAGACAGCUUUUCGUACUAGGUAUGGGCAUUACGAAUUUCUUGUCAUGCCUUUCGGGUUGACAAAUACUCUAGCUGUUUUCAUGGCACUUAUGAACCGAGUGUUUCAGGAAUAUCUAGAUAAGUUCGUGAUCGUCUUUAUUGAUGAUAUUCUAGUGUAUUCUGGAAGUGAAGAAGAGCACCGGGAGCAUCUAAGAAUCGUACUGCAGAUUCUGAGGGAAAAGCAGUUGUAUGAUAAGUUCAGCAAAUGUGAAUUUUGGAUGGAUCAAGUAGUAUUUUUGGGCCAUGUGGUGUCUGAGAGAGGUAUAGAGGUGGAUCCAAGGAAAGUAGCAGCAGUGAUACAAUGAAAGCCACCGAAAAAUAUACCUGAACUAAGAAGUUUCCUUGGCAUGGCCGGAUACUACAGAAGAUUCAUUGAGGGGUUUUCUCUGAUUGCUGCACCAUUGACAAAGUUACUGAGGAAAGAGCAAUCUUUUAUAUGGGAUAAUAAAUGUCAAUCCAGUUUUGAAGAGUUGAAGCGGAAGUUAACCACUGCACCGGUUCUUGCCCUUCCCUCAGGAACUGGAGGUUAUGUGGUAUACAGCGAUGCUUCGCAUCAAGGGUUAGGAUGUGUUCUCAUGCAGCAUGGUAAAGUAAUUGCUUAUGCUUCCAGGCAAUUACGACCAUAUGAGAAAUCUUAUCCGACUCAUGAUUUAGAACUGGCGGCUGUGGUAUUUGCCUUAAAGAUUUGGCGUCAUUAAUUGUACGGUGAGACUUUUCAGAUCUUUACUGAUCACAAGAGUCUCAAGUACUUGAUGGAGCAAAAAGAUCUAAAUCUUAGGCAAAGGAGGUGGUUAGAGUUGUUGAAAGAUUACGACUGUACCAUCGAAUACCAUCCAGGCAAAGCAAAUGUUGUGGCAGAUGCUUUGAGUCGAAAGACCAAGCAUUGUACUAGAAAUGAGGAGACUGGUUUAAUGGCAAAUUUGAUUUCUUUGAGAGCUAUAAGUGUUGAAUUGGAAAUGAAUUCCACAGGAGGGUUAUUGGCCACUUUACAAGUGCGACCAAUUCUGAGAGAAAGAAUUAUUAAAGUUCAGGAUCAAGA